CGAGAUUUACACAGGCGGGUUGUGUGUGGCAACAUUUCUCUGCCAGACAAAGUGACCGAUACUGAUAUGAAAUCUGCGUUCAGUAGCCUUUGAAUUUCUGGAGGCAUGUCCAAGAAAAGGGGCAGGAAGCGGAGUAGCGGGGAACUGAGUGACACAGUGAGCCCUGACCCCAGCAGCAUUCUGGGAGUUCGCAUUCAGCAUAACUGGCGUGAGAAGGGCAACCAGAGUAAAUGGAAAGGAACGGUGCUGGACAGACUUAGCGUCAACCCUUCUCUCUUCAUGGUGAAGUAUGAUGGCUUUGACUGCGUCUAUGGCAUCGAGCUGUUCAAGGAUGAGCGAGUGUCAAACCUACAAGUCCUGUCAGAAAAAGUUGUAAACAACAAGAUCAAGAUACCUCCAGGGGCAGAGGAGCUAGUGGGCAAAGCCGUGGAACAUCUGUUUGAAAAGGAGGAUGGAGAGAAGAAUGAGUGGAGAGGCAUGGUCCUCUCCAGAGCUCCAAUCAUGACCAACUGGUAUUAUAUCACUUAUGAAAAGGACCCCGUUCUUUAUAUGUACCAGUUGUGGGACGACUAUGCUGAUGGAGACCUCAGGAUUCUGCCUGAAGCAGAAAACAAGCACCUGUUGCCUGCAGACAGGAAGCCAGGAGAGGAAACAGAGAGUCUGGUGGGAAAACAAGUGGAGUAUGUUACUGACAAGGGUGUGAAGAGGACAGGCCUGGUAAUCUACCAGGUCCCAGCAAAGCCCUCCGUCUACUACAUCAAAUACGAUGAUGACUUUCAUAUCCAUGUCUAUGACCUGGUCAAAACCACCUAGACAUAGUGGACACUUUAUGUCACUCUCCAGCCUCCAUCUUGCUUCUGUUUCACUCAUCAUUAUAAACUGUUAUUUAAAGCCAUGGCAGGGUUGAGUAGUUAAUGUGCUUUAUUGUUCAGAAGAAAGUGCAAUCUUUGUGUGUGUGUGUCUGUGUGUGUGUGUGUGUGUGUGUGUGUGUAUGUGUGUAUGUGUGUGUGUGUGUGUGUGCGAGCGCGGGUGUGUGCGUGCACAGCAGAACUGUAGCACCGCUAUGCUUGGCUAUUUCGAGAAGGGAGAGUCAACUUGUUUUAUUGUUGCUGCUCUACUUUAUACAUUUAAGUUUGGACAGUUGAAGAUUGCACUGCCCAGCAGCUCCUAUGUGCAGUUAUUACUGCACUUCCAUCGUUGUCUUUAAGAUAACAACAGAUUAACUAAGCUGUACAAAAAAAAAAGCCUUUUAAAGCCACAUUUCUUUGGAUUAUCUAAAUAGUUAAUAAGCAUGCUACAGUAUACACAUUAUGUUUGGAAUAGAUCCCUUCCACUGAAGCACUUACUGAAUCAUAGGGCCGGUAAAUAUGAAUACAUUAUUUAUCUAGCAGUACUAUCAAAUUCAAUGUUAGUAGUGGAAGACAUGAAUGGAAUCAGCGUUGUGAAAUCACCAUAAUGUUAUAUUUUCAAAAGCCAUUCCAGUGAAUUUAUGCUCAUGUGGAAACAUACGCCUGCACCUUUGUACCACAUUUAGUAUUGUUGUAUCCAUGGCUAUAUGAAUUGGCUACAUAAUAAACUUAUGUGAUUCAUGCAGGGCAUCUUGUCUUUUAACCUUGAAGGAAGGUUUCUACACAGGCUCUCAAUUUUAACAGCAUGAGGAACAUCAGAUCCUUAGUGCUGUUGAUGAAGAUGCACUCCCAUUUAAAUCUGAAUUCACAAAAAUCAUAAAGUGCCUUCAGGCUCGUCAUUUUAUUGCAAUAUUGCACAUACAGUAUCUCUGAAUAUCUGCGCUCUUAAUGAAUCAUUGCAUAUGAAGGCUGCUAUUUGGUUUUCAUUCAAGCUCUUAACAGUAUGGUGACACUGACAGCUUAAGGAAAGUUUUGUGAUCAUCAGUUUAUAUUAAGUGUUGUAUUUUGAUCUUUAUGCAGUAUGAAUUGUUCUUUAAAUAUAACACGCAUCAUCUAUGGCUGUGUAAUCUCACUGUUAAUAUUGUGGGGAGCACUUUAUUGUAUAAAGUUUACAUGUUUAGUUUAAGGUAUGCUAUGUAAUUUCCCCAAAAUGCUUUUUCUUUAAGAGCAAAUGUGGAAAAAUAUGCUCUCCAUCACACGCAUGAAAAUAAACAGAAGAAGAAGAAAAAAAAAAGUUGCAAUACAUUCAGAUGACAGUAUUUAAUCUGUACAAUUUGUGUAAAAUGCCAUGUAAUUUUACCUGUUGUGGUUAUUCUCAUUCAUGUGAAUAUAUCAUGAACACCACCAGCUUUUAGUAAAAGUGUUGUUAAUAUACAUCAAUUAUAAACGGAAUAUAUCACAGGUAUAAUCAACUGACAACUAACUCUGGUUCUAGUCUUUAUAACUUUGUCUCUUAAUCUUGCAACAUGACAUUUAUGCUUGCAGUAGGUAUUUCAACCCAACUCUGUCACUACAGCCUUCCUCAUGUCAUUCAGGAUACCCCCCGCCCCUUAGUAAACUAGUCCACCAGUAGAUAUACUGUUACUGUUAUUUUUGGCUGUUAAGACUCCGCAUGCACCAUCAUCUGAAGAGAGUGCCUGGAGACUUUCAAAACUUGUUAUGAUGUUGGUAGAGAAGUAACAGUGUGUGACUGAAUCAAGUAUUGUUAGCUGAACCUGCAUUGAAAAAAAAAAAAAAAAAAUGUUAACACCAUACAUUACCACCAGUGGGGCUGUGGAGUAUUUGUGUUGUGUAGAAUGGAAAUACAAAUGACUGUGUGCUCCUUUUUUUCAUGCUUUCAAUCCCCUCCUCCUGCUCUGAAGUUGUAGCGACAUCAACAGGCAAUUUGUGUCAUAAUUAUUCUGUCAUGGGUAAUAAAGACUUUUGC